CCAAUUUCUAUUAAUGACUUUUUUUCUCAUUUGCUUCACAUCCACCAUCCUUUUUCCUUCAGGUCCUUUCUUAGCUGUCUCUGUAACAUCCUAGAGCUCAUUUAUAAACACUAGCGCCAGUGCAAAGUGCUAAAGAUGGAUGCAAAACUGAGUGUACAUUGAAGCUCUUCAGAAAGGUCACUGCCUUUCGCUUUGUCCCAGCCCUUUCCCUACCAGCUUCUUACAUGCCUGGAGUUCCAGCUGCCACUUUCCUACUGCAGCCUGUAAGGGAGAUGAUAUGGCAGCGAGACUCCGUGGUUGGAGAAGAAUAGAGUAAAAACAGGCAAGAUCAGGAACUCAUUACUGUGUAUAGUUAGUUCUCCGGAGUUGUUGCCUUCAGCAUCACAAGUACCCUCUGGCAUCUUCUCUUUUGGCAGUCUAAUCAAGAAGCACAUGAAUCUUCUCUUUUCUUCUAUUAAAUUUGAUUACUGCAAAGACUCUCUCUAAGAUCCUCCAAGAAAUUCAUUCUCGCCAAGAAUUACCAAUAUAGAAAGACCUUACAGAAGCCACAGAUACAGAAUAAUUGUACAAUUCACAUUACAUGCCAAAUGAAAGAUUAAAGUGUCUGAUAAAUCAGGAUACAUGGUAGCUAAAGAAAUACAAUUUUUAGGAGUAUACUGGCUGGGACUCAAUUCUGAAGUAUAAAAUGAUUCACUCCUAGUACUGCAUGCCCCUAGUUUCUUUGACCUUAGUCUAAUAGUCAUCACAAAAAGAAAGAACAAUGAGCCUAGGGAAUCUACCUGUCAUCAAAACCCUUGUGUCUCGUUCCAGACGGGAACGUUUGACAUUAAAACCAGAAAUGAUCAGCCCCCCAAUGGGUGACUUUCGCCACAUUAUGCACGUGGGCAGAAAAGGAGAAGUGUUUGGAGAUACUUCAUUUCUUACCCAACUCCAAGAAAGGAGACGACAUCACCGCUUGAACUACAUAACCAAAAAAUUACGCCAAGCAGGCUGGAUGUCACCACAAAGUCCCCCAAACAGAGGAAGAGUUGAUUCUACUAUCAUUCCUCCACCUGAUGUUUCCCCUAUCAUUAAGAAUGCUGUGUCCUUGCCACAACUUACAAAGUACAGCUGGGAUCAUGAGAAGAAACAAGACAGAGAUAAAAUAUGGAACUGCCUUUCAGAACCAAACAGUCCUUAUGGCUUAGAAUCUGGGUUGUGCACCCUUCCUCGCCAUUCAGGCUCACAGAUGCUGGACACCAGCUCUGAGAAGUUUGAUGACGACUGGACAAGCCUUGCCCUAACAGAUGGUGAAGACUGCAGCACAUGCACUGUUCCGGCGGAACUCUCUUGCAGCCUCUGGCGCUGUGACUCAAUGCAAUCAUUUACAAUGGACUUUGGUCCAUCUCUAAUGAGUGAGGUGUUAGAAGGGAUGAGCUUUUCUAACGCACCCCAAGAAAAGGGGGCGCAUGGUGGAGAUAGCAAUGACCCCGAUGAACGAAGCAUCCUGCAAACCAACAGCGACACUUCCAGCCUAAAGGCUACCAUGGAUGACACCGAGUGUGAACCAUUUAAUAUGCAUAGUGAUAUCCAACAAAUGAAGGUUCCCACAUCUUGGGAUCAUGUCCGUGUAAAAGAGCAAAUGGAGUUGGAUAUAGAGGUGGACAGUGGAAUUACAGAAUCUAAACAAAGCAGCCGAUGCCUUACUACAGAAUUAUGGGACAGUGGCGAUGGUUCCGAAAUAGAGAUGUAACAUUUCCUUAAAUGUAAAAGCUUUACAGGUUUUGUUGCUUCUAUAAAAGUGGGUGGAAUUUAAAACAUGCUAUGUUACACUAUCAACAAUUCACUUUAAAAGCUUAGACUUUUUAAUACUAUAAAUAUACUAUAAUCUGUUGUACCCUGACUUUACCGCCAAUGUCAGAGGCAGUGGCAGAGAAAACAUGGAAAUUGACAUGGGUCUUGUUAAUUGUUGUAGUUCAUAGAUCCAACUAGUUGUUGCAAAUGAUACAGUUUGGCCACAUUAUAAGCCUUGGCUGAAAACAUAAGCAAGAACAAAAAACACAGGACACGCAUUUUGAGAAAGAAGAUGCCAUUAUAGGUUAUUAAACUAAAACUAAUUUUUAAUAAACUCUUCAAUAUCAAAGGCACAAUUGUUAGUUCAAACCAAACACGUGGAAAAUAUUCAGAGCCAUUCAGUUAAUGGCUUUCCAGUGAUUACCAGGUUAGUUUCUCUGGCUUGUGCUGUACAUUUUUGGCUCAUGUUUGUCUUUUCAGCUUCCCCUAAAGUGAGGGAUCAUGGUAGGUUGAGCAGAAAGAUCAUUCUAAACUUUUAUCUUAAAGAUGUAAUGGAUCAUGUACUGUGAUCUUUCAUAAUUUCAUUAGUAAGUGUGAUAAAACAGGAGGAACCUCUACCUACAACGUAUGGCAGGGAAUAAAGGAGUAACCUCUUCUUGCAACAUAUGACAUGCAUACUUAAGCUUUGGGUCAGGACCAGGCUGGGACUGGGAUUUAAUACAGACCCUGGCAUUUCAAGUAUACAGACUACACAGACAGUGGAUUUAAGAGCCUGAAUUUAAAAGGAAUAAAAGGUUUGCAAAAUCCACAUUAAAAUCUAGACACCUAUAAAAGAGAAAUGCUGCAUGGCUGAUUAAUAGAUUUUGAUCUCUGUAUUAUGUAAUUGUUUAGAAUCCAAUACAGACAAUAGCACGUGUGUAUGGGUAUGAGAAGGAGCGAGAGAGAGAUAAAGAUUAUAUGUAGGUCUAUUACUGUAGUUAUAGUGGGUUACUGUAAAGAGGGGAAGUCUAGACCAAAUUCAGUAUUUCUACUAUAUAAAUAUAUAAUAUAUUAUAAACGCACCCAAUAUAUACUGUAUAUAUACUCAUUCAGAACAAAUGUAUAUAAAACGUAUCAUUGUAACCACAAUUGCCAUAUUGCUAUGUAAGAUACAGAUUCACAGACACCGGAAUUGCCUUUCUUCUUUUCUAACCAAUGGUAUAUGUAUGAAUGGUAGCAUUAUACUCAGCUUUAUGUAAAAUAAGUACAGGUAUGGGACCUGUUAUCCAGAAUGCUCGGGACCUGGGGUUUUCCAGAUAACGGAUCUUUCUGUA